AUGGAAGCAUCAGAACUUCCCGCACUGUUUGAUUGCCAGUUCAUGAUCGGUCAUUUUACUACGAAGUGUUCAUCAAGAGUUUAUGAGUUCGUCAGUUCUGAUUUCUGGCCUGAACCGCUGGAUAAAAUGUUUCACAGAUUUCUGUUGUUUAUGUGCUGUCUGACUGAUGUGUUUGGUUAUAUAGAUGAAGUGAAGUCGGUGUCAGUGAUGGAGGGAGAUUCUGUUACUCUACAAAAUAAUGUUACUGACAUACAGAGAGAUGAUCUGAUAGAGUGGAGGUUUGGACCUGAUGAGACUCUCAUAACUCAAAUCAAUAGAGAGUCCAGAGACAUUUCAAUAAAUGAUGAUGUUCUUGAUGGGAGAUUCAAAGACAGACUACAGGUGGAUAAUCAGACUGGAGAUCUCAACAUCACAAACAUCACAACUCAUCUCUCUGGCCUUUAUCUAAUAAGCAUUAUCACCAGCAGCGGCUACAUUAGAGAGACCUCAUCCAGAUUCAAUGUAACUGUCUAUGACUUUGUCAACGGUUGUGAUACUACUGAAGCUGUGGUCCGAUUGGUCAUCUCUGCUCUGGUGGGUGUGGCUGCUGUUUUUGUAGUGAUUUAUGACAUCAGAUCCAGAAGACCUGAACACGAGACUCCAGCAUCAGAUUCUCACUAAUGAAUCAUUUUCUGACAUUUUCAACUAGUAUGGAAGUCCCAUAUCUAUUCUCAUGAAUUGCAUAUAAACAGCACGCCAUCUUGAAAAGUUGUUUAAUACAUCCACCAAAUGAACAAAGUGUCAUUUUAUUUAUUGAUUUCUCAGUUUUUUCCCCAUUGUGGCUUGGGGUUGGAUCCAUAAUCAAAAUUUAAUUGGUUCUAUUUAAUGUGUUUUGGACUUCACUGAAGAGGAUGAAGCCACUUCUUGGACCAAUUUUUUUGCAGUUUUGGUUUUGAACUCUAAUGCUUCGUCAAACGAUGUGACACUUCAGAUGUG